AUGGGAUUGUUAUAUAAGGGUUCCAAACUCCUGAACACAAUUCUGGAUUCCCUGGAAGAUCAAGAGGGUGGAGCUAUGUACAUAUCGUGCGAUGUCUCAAACGGCGGUCCUGUGGAACCAGAGACGGGCUAUGUGCCCAACAAUCCCCUGUUCGGCUUGGCGCUGGACAGCCCGCAGCAAGAGUGCGCCGCUUCCUGCGUCGGCUGCUUAUCCUGCCAGGGCAACACCGCCCUGCCCAUCUCCUCGCUCACCAGCAGCGACUUCGACUGCGGCGGCUGUUUCGAUCCGACGAUUGGAGUGGGCGUGGGCAUCGGUGGCGGCCACAUUCAGAUCAGCACCACACCGCCGGCGAGCAGCGGCAACGGAAGCAGCAACAACGGUGCCGGAGGAGGCUCCUCAGGAAAUCACGGCUACUGGAGCACCGACGAGAUGGCUUCCACGUUUCCCGGUCUGCCGCCGCUGGACAUCGAUCCACUACCCAGCCUGUUUCCCUUCUCGCCCUGCGGCGCAUCCUACAACUUUGCCGCCGGCAAUCCGCACCAGGCCGCCUCGCUCUCCUACACAGUGCAUCCCCACCAGAUGCUCAUCUCGCCGAACUCCCACAACCACGCCCAGAUGCACUCGCAGCACCAGCAACAUCAGCAGCACCAGCAAUCCCAGGUCCAGGCAUCGCACGUGGGCAACUCGCUCCUCCAAAGCAGUGUUGGCAACAAUAUCGGCAGUAAUGGUAGUUCUGGCGUGGCUAACCCUGCCAGUUGCUACUAUGAAACCAGUGCUGGAACGGCUCCACCACCUCCUCCUCCGGCGGCAGCCAUGUAUCCCAGCAUGAGCGUGAACGUCAGCAUGAACAUGACCAUGCACCAUGGCUACGGGGCCGGGGAUGCCGGCGGAGUGCCGAUGCAGUGCUCCCAGAUGAACUGGACGCCACCCAGCAACUCCUCCUCGGCGGCAGCAGCAGCGGCGGCGGUAAAUGUGCUAUACCCACCGCUCCUGAGUCCCGGUCACUAUCCCGCCUCGGCCACAUACUCCUUCACGGCGGAUUUCCGGGCACCGGCUCCCACGGGUCUGGGUUCCCUGCCGCCGCUGACGGUGGGCGAAAAGGAGUCGCCAUCGCCGCCGGCCAACUCCUCCUUGGCUGGCUACUACCCUACGGGGGUGAGCAAUCAGGGAUACACACCGCCCCACAAAAGUCCCAGCAGCUAUCAAGCAGCCGCCCUGGGCUUGAGUCUUUCCGCCUUCGAGGACGAGGAGGAUAGCAACGAGGAUCUGGACGGGGAUGAGGGCAGCAGUGGCGGCGAGAUGAAACCCAAUCUGUGCCGGCUCUGCGGGAAGACAUAUGCUCGGCCCAGCACGCUCAAGACCCAUCUGCGGACCCAUUCCGGCGAAAGACCCUAUCGAUGCCCCGACUGCAACAAAAGCUUCUCGCAGGCCGCCAACCUGACGGCCCACGUACGCACACACACCGGCCAGAAGCCGUUCCGCUGCCCCAUCUGCGACCGGAGAUUCUCGCAGAGCUCCAGCGUCACCACGCACAUGCGCACCCACUCCGGCGAGCGCCCGUACCGCUGCUCCUCCUGCAAGAAGUCCUUCUCCGACAGCAGCACCCUCACCAAGCACCUGCGAAUCCACAGUGGCGAGAAGCCCUACCAGUGCAAGCUCUGCCUGCUCAGAUUCUCGCAGUCGGGAAACUUGAAUCGGCACAUGCGCGUCCACGGCAACAACAACACCAGCAAUGGCAGCAAUGGGGGAACCGGAGUUGGAGGAGAGUCCUCCGGCAGCGGAAGCGGGGGUGGCAACAGCCUCCUCACAUGA